AUGAUAGUCAAGUCAGUGGAGAAGAAGAGCAGAGGGCCAUGGAUGAAGUCAGGAGUACGCCAACCACCUGGGAGAGCAUUCAUGGAUGAUAUGACAAUAACAACCAAAACAGUUAUUGAAGCCAAGUGGACAAUACAUGAACUAGAACAAGCUAUCACUUGGGCAAGAAUGAAAGUAAAACCAAGCAAGUCCCGUAGCUUAGUGAUAAAGAAUGGAAAAGUAAAAGAAGUUAGAUUCAUGAUUGAAGGAGAGGCAAUACCAACAGUCUCAGAGAAGCCAGUAAAGUGUUUAGGGAAAUUCUUUAAUGACACAUUAACAGACAGACAAAAUGUGAAAGAAACAUGCAGACAGCUGGAUGAAUGGAUGAAAACUGUGGAUAAAAGUGGACUACCCGGUAAAUAUAAAGCCUGGAUAUACCAACAUGGGAUACUACCUCGCUUGCUGUGGCCGCUAUUGGUGUAUGAGGUACCAAUGAGCACAGUAGAAGGGAUGGAAACAACAGCGAGCAGAUACCUGAGGAGAUGGCUGGGGGUACCAAGAAGUUUCAGCAGCAUUGGAUUAUACAGCUCUGGGACUAAGCUACAGUUACCUCUAAAGUCAAUUACUGAGGAAUUCAAGGUGACAAAGGUGCGUCAGCACUUAAUGUUACAGAAUAGCAAAGACGAGAAGGUUCGGACAGCAAAAGUAGAUAUCAGGACGGGGAGAAAAUGGUCAGUAAAAGAAACUGUACAAGAAGCAGAAUCCCGCUUGAGACACAGUGACAUUGUGGGAAGACUGGCAAUAGGAAGGCAGGGACUUGGUGUCACACCAACAGCAAGAUGGGGUACAGCUUCGGUAGAAGAGAAGCGUAGUUUGGUGCAGAGGGAGGUGCGUGCAAUGGAGGAAGAUUCGAGAAUGGUCAAAGCAGUUGGAAUGAAGAAACAAGGUAGCUGGGUGAACUGGGAGAAUGCACGUCAAAUGAAGUUGGGUUGGAAUGAUAUUUGGAAGAUGGAACCAUUCAGACUUCAGUUUAAGCUGAAAUCAGUUUAUGAUGUUCUUCCCAGCCCAACUAAUCUGGUAACAUGGGGAAUGACAGAAGAUCCAAAGUGUGUCCUCUGUGGUAGACCAGCAAACUUGGAGCACAUAUUAUCAGCAUGCUCAGAGGCUUUGAAAGAUGGGAGAUACACUUGGAGACAUGAUAGAGUCCUAGCCAGUAUAGCCGACACCUUGGAGAAAGGUAUUAAAAGGCCAAAGAAGAACGCAGAGAGCCUGAGAUUCGUCAACUUUGUGAAAGAAGGUGAAAAGGGACAUAAAGUUAGAGUUGAAGGAAGUGGUCUCUUGGGGACAGCAACAGAUUGGCAGAUGCGGGUAGACCUUAAGGAAAGAUUAGUAUUUCCACCGGAAAUAAUAGCCACAAACAAGAGGCCGGAUGUAGUCCUUUGGUCAAUGGCUACAAGACAGACAAUUAUUUUGGAGUUAACAGUGCCAUGGGAAGAAAGGAUGGAGGAUGCAUAUGAAAGGAAAAAUCUUAAGUACCAAGACCUACUGAAAGAUUGUCAGCAGAACGGAUGGAAGGUCUGGUUUUUUGCAGUGGAAGUGGGUUGUAGAGGAUUCGUGGGACAGUCUAUGUGGAGAGCACUGAGAGGCAUUGGCAUAACGGGAGCAGAGAGAAGGAGGCUGAUAGGGAAUCUGUGCAGGGAGACGGAAUCAGCGUCCAUGUGGUUGUGGAGAAGAAGAGCAGAUAAGUGGAAAGACAAUAAACAUUAG